CAGGAAACGUGCUGGACCUCCGGGCUGUUGCCGCUCCGGAGGGUGGGGCUCCGGAGAGGGGACGGUGCGUGGUCCGGGGCGAUCGCCUCUUCUGGUUUUCUGGACUCUUGGCAUCUCUUUCUGGUAUUGAUGUCUUGAAGAAAAAAAAGGAUUUAGUCAAGUGUUUGGAUUUUAUUGAAACUCAGCAAAGAUGGCCAAGUAUGGAGAACAUGAGGCCAGACCUGAGGAUGGGCAGAAUGAGUUCAGUGACAUUAUUAAGUCCAGAUCUGAUGAACACAAUGACGUACAGAAGAAAACAUUUACCAAAUGGAUAAAUGCUCGCUUUUCAAAGAGUGGAAAACCACCCAUCAGUGAUAUGUUCACAGAUCUCAAAGAUGGGAGGAAACUCUUGGAUCUCCUGGAAGGCCUCACAGGAACAUCACUGCCAAAGGAACGUGGUUCCACGCGGGUGCACGCUUUAAAUAAUGUCAACAGGGUGCUGCAGGUUCUACACCAGAACAAUGUGGAUUUGGUGAACAUAGGGGGAACUGACAUCGUAGACGGGAACCACAAGCUGACUCUGGGGCUGCUUUGGAGCAUCAUUUUGCACUGGCAGGUGAAGGAUGUCAUGAAGGAUGUCAUGUCAGACUUGCAGCAGACAAACAGCGAGAAGAUCCUGCUGAGCUGGGUGCGCCAGUCCACCCGGCCGUACAGCCAGGUCAACGUCCUCAACUUCACCACGAGCUGGACCGAUGGACUCGCCUUCAAUGCCCUUCUUCACCGCCAUAAACCCGAUCUCUUCAGCUGGGACAGAGUUGUCAAAAUGUCCCCGAUUGAGAGACUUGAACAUGCCUUUAGCAAGGCUCAGACGUAUUUGGGAAUUGAAAAGCUGUUAGAUCCUGAAGAUGUUGCUGUCCAGCUUCCUGACAAGAAAUCCAUAAUUAUGUAUUUAACAUCUUUGUUUGAGGUGCUACCUCAGCAAGUCACCAUAGACGACAUCCGAGAAGUGGAGACGCUUCCAAGGAAAUACAAGAAAGAAUGUGAAGAAGGAGAUAUGAAUAUACAGAGCUCGGCGCCGGAGGAGGGGCACCGGAGCCCCCGGGCUGACACCCCCAGCACCGUCACUGAGGUCGACAUGGAUCUGGACAGCUACCAGACAGCCCUGGAGGACGUGCUGACUUGGCUGCUUUCUGCCGAGGACACUUUCCAGGAGCAGGAUGACAUCUCUGAUGAUGUGGAAGAAGUCAAAGAGCAGUUUGCCACCCACGAAGCUUUUAUGAUGGAGCUGACUGCACACCAGAGCAGUGUGGGGAGCGUCCUGCAGGCAGGAAACCAGCUGAUCACGCAAGGAACCCUGUCUGAUGAGGAGGAGUUUGAAAUUCAGGAGCAGAUGACCCUGUUGAAUGCUAGAUGGGAGGCACUGAGGGUGGAGAGCAUGGACAGGCAGUCCCGGCUGCAUGACGUGCUGAUGGAACUGCAGAAGAGGCAGCUGCAGCAGCUCUCUGCCUGGCUAACACUCACGGAGGAACGCAUUCAGAAGAUGGAAACUUGCCCCCUGGAUGAUGAUUUACAAUCUCUACAAAAGCUGCUGGAAGAUCAUAAAAGCUUGCAAAAUGAUCUUGAGGCUGAACAGGUGAAGGUGAAUUCAUUAACUCACAUGGUGGUGGUGGUUGAUGAAAACAGUGGAGAGAGUGCCACGGCUGUCCUGGAAGGUCAGUUACAGAAACUCGGCGAGCGUUGGACAGCAGUGUGCCGAUGGACUGAAGAACGCUGGAACAGGCUACAAGAAAUCAGCAUGUUGUGGCAGGAGUUGCUGGAAGAACAGUGCUUGUUGAAAGCGUGGCUAACUGAAAAAGAAGAGGCAUUAAAAAAAGUGCAGACGAGCAACUUCAAAGACCAGAAGGAGCUGAGUGUCAGUGUUCGACGACUGGCUAUUUUGAAGGAAGACAUGGAGAUGAAACGUCAAGCGUUGGACCAGCUGAGUGAGAUUGGCCAGGAUGUGGGUCAAUUACUUGAUAACCCUAAGGCAUCUAAGAAGAUCAACAGUGAUUCUGAAGAACUGACUCAGAGAUGGGAUUCUUUGGUUCAGAGACUAGAAGAUUGCUCCAAUCAGGUGACGCAAGCUGUAGGAAAGCUGGGGAUGUCCCAGAUUCCUCAGAAGGACCUUUUGGAGACUGUUCACAUUAGGGAACAAGUAACCACAAAAAGGUCUAAGCAAGAAAUGCCUCCUCCACCUCCUCCAAAGAAGAGACAGGUCCCUGUGGAUGUGGAAGCUAAGAAAAGGUUUGAUGCCCUGAGUGCUGAGCUGUUGGACUGGAUUUUGAAAUCAAAGACUUCCAUUCAGGCCACAGAGAUAAAAGAAUACAAGAAGAUGCAAGAGACUUCAGAAAUGAAAAAGAAGCUGAAGGGAUUAGAAAAGGAACAGAGGGAAAGAAGACCUAGACUGGACGAAUUAAACCAAACUGGACAAAUCCUUUUGGAGCAAAUGGGAAAAGAAGGUCUCCCGACCGAAGACGUGAAACACGCCCUGGAGAAGGCAUCGUCCGAGUGGAAGAACGUGUCUCAGCACUUGGCAGAUCUGGCCAGGAAGAUUCAGCUCCAGGAAGAUAUAAGCACUUACUCUAGGCAACUGGACGAGCUCGAGCGGACCGUCAGGACCAAGGAGGAGUGGUUGGAGCGCGCGCCCGCGUCCGAACCGCCCGCGCAGGCCUUGCGGAGUGUGGAGCGGGAGCUGGCGGAUCUCCGGGGCCUCCACCCCGCGAUCGAGGCGGCGCGGGCCGGCUGCGCGGCCCUGACGUCCAGGCCUUCGGCUCCAGGCUUUGUCCAGCAGGGAUUCGAUCGCUUUCUGGGCCGCUUCCAAGCUGUGCAACAGGACUUCGAGGACUGUCGGCAACAGCUAGAGAAUGCAAUGACGAGCCAACCUGGACAUACAUAUUUGGAAAUGUUGAAAACGCUGAGAGAUGUGCUAAGUGAUUCAGAAAAUAAGGCCCAGAUGUCUUGGGAUGUCUUAAAUGAUCUCGCAAAAGUGGAGAAAGCCCUGCAAGAAAAAAAGGCCCUUGAUGAAAUCCUUGAGGAUCAAAAACCUACAUUAUUUAAACUUGCAGAAGAAACAAAGGCUUUGGAGAAAAACGUUUCUCCAGAUGUUGAAAAACUAUAUAGUCAAGAAUUCAAAGAUGUCCAAGGAAAGUGGAACAAAGUAAAGGUCAAGGUUUCCAAAGACCUGCAUUUGCUCGAAGAAAUUAUCCCCAAACUGAGGACUUUUGAGGCUGGUUCCAGAACCAUCGGGAAGUGGGUGGACGGUGUGAAGGACUUCCUGAGGGACGAGCAGGCUGCCCACGGAGACACCGCAGGGCUGCAGAGACAGCUCGGCCAGUGCUCGGCAUUUGUUAACGAAAUAGAAACAAUGGAAUCAUUGCUGAAGGACAUGAAGGAAGUACAGAAUGACCUUCGAAGUUGUCCAGUUGCUGGGAUCAAAACCUGGGUGCAGACAAAACUGGUUGACGACCAAACCCAGCUGGAGAAAUUUAGCAGGGAGAUUGCCAUUCAGAAAAACAGGUUGUCCGAAAGUCAGGAGAAGGUGGUGAACUUGAAGAAAGACUUGGCAGAGAUGCAGGAGUGGAUGGCUCAGGCGGAGGAAGAGAACCUGGAGAGGGAUUUUGAGUACAAGUCACCGGAAGAACUUGAGAGUGCUGUGGAGGAAAUGAAGAGGGCGAAAGAGGAUGUGUUGCAGAAGGAGGUGAGAGUGAAGAUUCUGAAGGACAACAUCAAGUUAUUGGCUACAAAAGUGCCCUCUGGUGGCCAGGAAUUGACAUCUGAGCUGAACGUUGUGCUGGAGAAUUACCAACUUCUUUGCAAUAGAAUUCGAGGAAAGUGUCACACGCUAGAGGAGGUGUGGUCUUGCUGGAUCGAACUGCUCCACUACCUGGACCUGGAGACCACCUGGCUGAACACGCUGGAGGAGCGGAUGCGGAGCACAGAGGCCCUGCCGGAGAAGGUGGAUGCCGUCAGCGAGGCCCUGGAGUCUCUGGAAUCUGUUUUGCGACACCCAGCAGAUAAUCGCACCCAAAUUCGGGAACUUGGCCAGACCCUGAUUGAUGGAGGGAUCCUCGAUGACAUCAUCAGUGAGAAACUGGAGGCUUUCAACAGUCGGUAUGAAGAACUGAGUCACCUGGCAGAGAGCAAGCAGAUUUCUUUGGAAAAGCACCUCCAGGUCCUGCGGGAAGCUGAUCACAUGCUCCAAGUUUUGCAGGAGAGUUUAGGGGAGCUGGACAAGCAGCUCACCACGUACCUGACUGACAGGGUGGACGCCUUCCAAGUUCCGCAGGAAGCUCAGAAAAUCCAAGCCGAGAUCUCCGCCCACGAGCUAACGCUAGAGGAGCUGAGAAGAAACACGCGCUCUCAGCCUCCGACCUCCCCAGAAGGCAGGACCACCCGAGGAGGCAGUCAGAUGGACGUCCUGCAGAGAAAACUUCGAGAGGUGUCCACGAAGUUCCAGCUUUUUCAGAAGCCCGCUAACUUCGAGCAGCGCAUGCUUGACUGCAAGCGCGUGCUGGACGGCGUGAAAGCAGAGCUGCACGUCCUGAACGUGAAGGACGUGGACCCCGACGUCAUCCAGACCCACCUGGACAAGUGCAUGAAACUCUAUAAAACUCUAAGUGAAGUCAAGCUUGAGGUGGAGACUGUCAUCAAAACAGGAAGGCACAUUGUUCAGAAGCAGCAAACCGACAACCCCAAGGAGAUGGACGAGCAGCUGACCUCUCUGAAGGUGCUCUACAAUGACCUGGGUGCGCAGGUGACGGAGGGAAAGCAGGACCUGGAACGAGCAUCACAGUUGGCCCGGAAAAUGAAGAGAGAGGCUGCUUCUCUCUCGGAGUGGCUGUCUGUGACCGAAGCGGAACUGGUACAGAAAUCCACCGCAGAAGGGUUGCUUGGUGACUUGGACUCGGAAAUUUCCUGGGCGAAAAAUAUUCUGAAGGAUCUGGAAAAGAGAAAAGCUGAUUUAAAUACCAUCACAGAGAGCAGCGCUGCCCUGCAGAGCCUGGUGGAGGGCAGCGAGCCUGCUCUGGAAGAGAGGCUGUGCGUCCUCAACGCUGGCUGGAGCCGGGUUCGCACCUGGACCGAGGACUGGUGCAAUACCCUGAUGAGCCAUCAGAACCAGUUGGAAAUAUUUGACGGAAAUGUUGCUCACAUAAGUACCUGGCUUUAUCAAGCUGAAACUCUAUUGGACGAGAUUGAGAAAAAACCAGCAAGUAAACAGGAAGAAAUCGUGAAGCGUUUACUGUCCGAGCUGGAUGAUGCCAGACUCCAAGUGGAGAAUGUCCGUGGUCAAGCCGCUGUUCUGAUGAGUGCCCGUGGAGGCUCAAGCAGGGAGCUGGUGGAGCCCAAGUUAACCGAACUGAACCGAAACUUUGAAAAGGUGUCUCAACACAUCAGGAGUGCCAAGUUGCUAAUUGGCCAGGAACCAUCAUCAUACCAAUGUCUGGUCACCAGUGAAGCAUUUGAAGCUGAUGUGCCUUUCUCUGACUUGGAAAGAUUAGAAAAUGACAUAGAAAAUAUGUUAAAAAUUGUGGAAAAACACUUGGAAUCCAGUAAUGAAGACGAAAAGAUAGAUGAGGAGAGAGCCCAGAUUGAGGAAGUUCUGCAGCGAGGAGAACACAUGUUACAUCAACCUAUGGAGGAUAAUAAAAAGGAAAAGAUUCGUUUGCAGUUAUUACUUUUGCAUACGAGAUACAACAAAACUAAGGCAAUCCCUAUUCAACAGAAGAGAACAGGUCAACUAGCUUCUGGCAUUAAAUCAUCACCCCUCCCUACAGAUUAUUUGGUUGAAAUUAACAAGGUUUUACUUUCCAUGGAUGAUGUUGAAUUAUCACUCAAUACUCCAGAGCUCAGCACUGCUGUGUAUGAAGACUUCUCUUUUCAGGAAGAUGCUCUGAAGAAUAUCAAAGACCAACUGGACAGACUCGGAGAACACAUCGCAGUCAUUCAUGAAGAACAACCAGAUGUUAUCCUCGAAGCUUCCGGACCUGAAGCCAUUCAGAUCCGGGAUACACUUACUCAACUGAAUGCAAAAUGGGACAGAAUUAAUAGAAUGUACAACGAUCGUAAAGGUUAUUUUGACAGUGCUGUGGAAGAAUGGAGACAGUUCCACUGUGACCUUAACGACCUCACCCAGUGGAUAACGGAAGCUGAAGAGUUACUGGCGGAUGGUGGCCAGGACGUAGAGCAAGCCAGGGCACAGCAGCAGGAGCUCGAAGAGGGAAUCAGCAGCCACCAGCCCAGUUUUGCAGCACUAAACAGAACUGGGGAUGGGAUUGUUCAGAAACUCUCCCCUAUGGAUGGAAGCUUCCUGAAAGACAAGCUGGCAGGUGUCAACCAGCGCUGGAGUGCCAUCAUCGCGGAAGUGAGGGAUCGGCGGCCACGACUCCAAGGAGAGAGUAAGCAGGUGACGGAAUAUAGGAAAAGGCUAGAUGAGACCGCCUGCUGGUUACCAAAGGCUGAGCGCGCCCUGCAGCAGCGACCAGCCCCCGAGCUGGGAGAAAACCUGACAGAACUAGCAGACUUAAACCAGGAGAUGGACGCACACGCUGAGAACCUCAAAUGGCUGAAUAGAACCGAACGGAAGAUGCUUUCAGAUCAAAGUCUCAGCUUACACGAGAGAGAAAAGAUUUCAGAAAGCUUAAGGGCUGUAAAUUCGACCUGGAAUAAGGUGUGCAGAGAAGCUCCCGGUGCGCUGGAGGAAUGCGUCCAGGAGCCCAGCGCCGCUCCUCAGACAAGGAUUGCAGCUCCUCCAGGUGUCCUAAAGGUGGUGCUAGUAUCCUCGGCGUCAGAUCUUCCUGUUCAGUCUCCUCGGACUUCGGAAAUUUCAAUUCCUUCUGAUCUGGACAAAACGAUAACAGAGCUAGCCGACUGGCUGGUAUUGAUCGACCAGAUGCUGAAGUCCAACAUUGUCACUGUCGGGGAUGUGGAAGAGAUCAAUAAGACAGUUUCCAGAAUGAAAAUCACCAAGGCUGACUUGGAACAGCGUCAUCCUCAGCUUGAUUAUGUUUUCACACUGGCUCAGAAUUUGAAAAAUAAAGCUUCCAGUUCAGACGUGAGAACAGCUAUCACAGAAAAAUUGGAGAAGGUCAGGAUCCAGUGGGACAGCACCCAGCACGGCGUGGAGCUGCGGCGGCGGCAGCUGGAGGACAUGGUGAUUGACAGUCUGCAGUGGGACGACCACAGGGAGGAGACCGAAGAACUCAUGCGGAAAUAUGAGGCCCGGCUCUACAUUCUUCAGCAGGCCCGGAGGGAUCCACUUAUCAAACAGAUUUCUGAUAAUCAAAUACUGCUUCAGGAGCUGGGUCCUGGGGAUGGCAUCGUAAUGGCAUUUGACAACGUCCUGCAGAAGCUGCUGGAGGACUAUGGUAGUGACGACACAAGGAACGUGAAGGAAACCACCGAGUAUUUAAAAACAUCAUGGAUGAACCUCAAACAAAGCAUCGCUGACAGACAGAGUGCCUUGGAAGCUGAGCUGAGGACCGUGCAGGCCUCUCGCAGGGACCUGGAGAACUUCCUAAAGUGGCUACAAGAAGCAGAAACCACAGUUAAUGUGCUUGCCGAUGCCUCUCAGCGGGAGGAUGCUCUUCAGGACACUGUCUUGGCCAAGGAGCUCACACAGCAGAUGCAGGACAUCCAGGCGGAAAUUGAUGCCCACAAUGACAUAUUUAAAAGUAUCGAUGGGAACAGGCAGAAGAUGGUAAAAGCACUGGGAAACUCUGAAGAGGCCACUAUGCUUCAGCAUCGACUCGAUGAUAUGAACCAAAGAUGGAACGACUUAAAAGCAAAAUCUGCCAGCAUCAGGGCGCAUCUGGAGGCCAGCGCCGAGAAGUGGAACAGGCUGCUGGCGUCCUUGGAAGAGCUGAUCAAAUGGCUGAACAUGAAAGACGAAGAGCUUAAAAAGCAAAUGCCUAUUGGAGGGGAUGUCCCAGCACUGCAGCUCCAGUAUGACCAUUGUAAAGCCCUGAGACGUGAGUUAAAGGAGAAGGAAUAUUCUGUCCUGAAUGCCAUAGACCAAGCUCGAGUUUUCCUGGCUGAUCAGCCAAUUGAGGCCCCCGAAGAACCGAGGAGAAACCUACAAUCAAAAACAGAAUUGACUCCUGAGGAGAGAGCCCAGAAGAUUGCCAAAGCCAUGCGCAAACAGUCUUCAGAGGUGAAGGAGAAGUGGGAAAGUCUAAACGCUGUGACUAGUAAUUGGCAGAAGCAAGUGGACAAGGCGCUGGAGAAACUCAGAGACCUGCAGGGAGCCAUGGACGACCUGGACGCCGACUUGAAAGAGGCAGAGGCCGUGAGGAACGGCUGGAAGCUGGUGGGUGACUUGCUCAUUGACUCACUGCAGGAUCACAUUGAAAAAACCAUGGCCUUCCGAGAAGAAAUUGCUCCGAUCAACUUGAAAGUGAAAACAGUGAAUGACCUAUCGAGUCAGCUGUCCCCACUUGACCUGCACCCAUCCCUGAAGAUGUCUCGCCAGCUGGAUGAUCUGAAUAUGCGAUGGAAACUUUUGCAGGUUUCUGUGGACGAUCGCCUUAAACAGCUCCAGGAAGCCCAUCGAGAUUUUGGACCAUCUUCUCAGCAUUUUCUCUCUACUUCGGUCCAGCUGCCCUGGCAGAGAUCCAUCUCCCAUAACAAAGUGCCCUAUUACAUCAACCAUCAAACACAGACAACCUGUUGGGAUCAUCCUAAAAUGACUGAACUCUUUCAAUCUCUUGCUGACCUGAAUAAUGUACGUUUCUCAGCCUACCGUACAGCCAUCAAAAUCCGAAGACUACAGAAGGCCCUCUGUUUGGAUCUCUUAGAGCUGAACACAACAAAUGAAGUUUUCAAACAGCACAAGCUGAACCAAAAUGAUCAGCUCCUUAGUGUUCCAGAUGUCAUCAAUUGUCUGACAACAACUUAUGACGGCCUUGAACAAAUGCAUAAGGACCUGGUCAAUGUCCCACUCUGUGUGGAUAUGUGUCUCAACUGGUUGCUCAAUGUAUAUGACACGGGCCGGACUGGAAAAAUUAGAGUGCAGAGUCUGAAGAUUGGAUUGAUAUCUCUCUCUAAAGGCCUCUUAGAAGAAAAAUACAGAUAUCUCUUCAAGGAAGUGGCCGGCCCCACAGAGAUGUGCGACCAGAGGCAGCUCGGCCUCCUGCUUCACGACGCCAUCCAGAUCCCCCGGCAGCUGGGAGAGGUAGCAGCUUUUGGAGGCAGUAAUAUUGAACCCAGUGUUCGCAGCUGUUUCCAACAGAAUAACAACAAGCCAGAGAUAAGUGUGAAAGAGUUUAUAGACUGGAUGCAUCUGGAACCACAGUCCAUGGUUUGGCUGCCGGUUUUACAUCGAGUGGCAGCAGCCGAGACUGCGAAACAUCAGGCCAAAUGCAACAUCUGUAAAGAAUGUCCAAUUGUCGGAUUCAGAUACAGAAGCCUAAAGCAUUUUAACUAUGAUGUCUGCCAGAGUUGCUUUUUUUCGGGUCGAACAGCGAAAGGUCACAAGUUACAUUAUCCAAUGGUGGAAUAUUGUAUACCUACAACAUCUGGGGAGGAUGUACGAGACUUCACAAAGGUCCUGAAGAAUAAGUUCAGAUCAAAGAAAUACUUUGCCAAACAUCCUCGGCUUGGCUACCUGCCCGUUCAGACGGUUCUCGAAGGUGACAACUUAGAGACUCCUAUCACACUCAUCAGUAUGUGGCCGGAGCAUUAUGACCCCUCACAGUCUCCUCAGCUGUUUCAUGAUGAUACCCAUUCAAGAAUUGAACAGUAUGCCACACGACUGGCCCAGAUGGAAAGGACUAAUGGGUCUUUCCUCACUGACAGCAGCUCUACCACAGGAAGUGUGGAGGAUGAACAUGCCCUCAUCCAGCAGUACUGCCAGACCCUCGGAGGGGAGUCGCCAGUGAGCCAGCCCCAGAGUCCAGCUCAGAUCCUGAAGUCGGUAGAAAGGGAAGAACGCGGGGAGCUGGAGCGGAUCAUUUUGGAACUGGAGGAGGAACAAAGAAAUUUGCAGGUGGAAUAUGAGCAGCUAAAGGAGCAGCACCUGAGAAGGGGGCUCCCAGUCGGUUCCCCUCCAGACUCUAUUGUAUCUCCUCAUCACACAUCUGAGGAUUCAGAGCUUAUAGCAGAAGCAAAGCUCCUCAGGCAGCACAAAGGUCGGCUGGAGGCUCGGAUGCAGAUUUUGGAAGAUCACAAUAAGCAGUUGGAGUCGCAGCUGCACCGACUUCGACAGCUGCUGGAGCAGCCUGAAUCUGAUUCCCGAAUCAACGGCGUCUCCCCCUGGGCGUCCCCUCAGCGAUCCGCGCUGGGCCACGCGCUCGAUGCGGACCCCAGCCCACAGUUCCCCCCAGCAGCAGCAGAGGACCUGCUGGCCCCCCCUCACGACACCAGCACGGACCUCACGGAGGUCAUGGAGCAGAUCAACAGUUCCUUUCCAUCCUGCUGCCCAAAUCUUCCCAGCAGGCCACAGGCAAUGUGAAGGGUGCGUCCAGCCCGCGUUCCUGACCUUCAGUACUGCCCGUUCCAGCAAAUGCCCGUCCCAGCUCCAUUCCGUCGGAGGCCCCAAAGCUCCUGAAACAGGCUGCUGAGCGCAGGCUGUGUGUCUACUGAAGGUGUGAAGCACUGACUAUCCAAAGAGAAAAGGAUAUUUUGUUUUUAUAACAACCGUAUAUUAUUGUUUUCUUCUUCCCUUCUAUGCAACUGUAAAUGAAUGAGCAGAGUGGUACUGGGAAAUGGUAAUGCAUUUGUCACUGAUUUGUAUACUGGACACAGCGCUGGGCAAGUGGGUGGGGCUUUCUAACGGGUUACUUCUUUGUAAUAACCAGGACAAAAAUUGCAUCAGAACUAGAAGACAGUUUUACAUUCUACAUUCCUUUAUAUUAACCUUGUACAAUAACUUCACUUAUUUCUUCAACUCUUUUACCAUUACGUUUUGGUUAUUUAUAACUCAUUAACCACAUGACCAAAUAGAUUCCCUAUGUUUGUUUUCAUGAUUUGGCCAAUUAAUAAGUUCAUAUAUUUCAGGCAGUUAUAUUAUAUGUGUAUGGACCAGCCUAGAGCUCUGUGUAUACUUUCUAACUUUAUUCGGCACCACACACAUACUUACUGUUAGCAACCACUUGGACAUCCGCACAGAAAUCCUGUGAGCCCAGCCGGCAUUUCCACUGGGAGUUUUUUUUUCCUGCAUUUUAUUUCCCUGCUCUAGAUAAGUAGCUCUUGAUUUCUUUAUUUAUUUCUCGCCCCAGUUUAUAUGAUAGAGGAAAUGGAAAGCAGGAUUGUAAUAAUCUCACAGAUCAUUUACCAGAGGGUGCCCAUUUAAACAUUUUUCCUUUGGGCACAGAAAGAACACUUGGUGCAACCUUUCCGAGUUCCCAGGCCUUGGUUUUCAUCAUUAAAUCCACAGCAGACUUUCACCCAAUUGUAAUGCCAGGCACCUUCUUGUCUUCGGUUCCCUGAGAAGAGACUUUUAUUGUUGUUUAUAUAUAUUUAAGCCCUUUAUAAUUCUUGGAACUGCCAGUUUUCUGAAAGCAGACACGAAUUUAGUGCACGUCUCAAUUUGCCUUUGGGGUGAAUAAACCGAUGUUUUAUUAUCCUUCAUGUGAUCCAUACAUUUGGGAAGGAUAUUUCUCAGAAGCCUACGUCACUACUUGUGCAAAAGAAUGAAAUUCACACUUAGAUGGCGGUGCCUGCCUAACUUUGAGUGCGUUCAGUUAGGCACUUGGUUCCGCUUCUGAUUUAGCAUCUAAUUCAUUCAGUUUAAACAUGUUAUAUAUGUACCAAAAUGUAGAGAAACCAAGAGAAAGAGUUAAAAUGAUGUGUUUUGAUUCAAGCACAUGUGCUUCUAAAACAUUUUAACUUUGGGUUCUCUUGAGCUGGGAUCUGGCCAGAUGGAGGCUUAAAGUUAGAAAUUCCUAUUCUUUGUGAAUAGGUUGGGUGGGUUGGGGGGCAGGGGUGUCUAUUUGCAGCAUAGAUAUUUUGAGAAGAAGAUUAUUUUAUACAAGAGGAAAGCCAUGACCACCUUUCUACCUCAGACCUGUCUUCAUCCCUCACCAUGUCAGAAAUAGCUUUACGCUGCUAUAAUCCACAAAACCCAGAGCUCUUAUCAGGCCACAUCAUGCCCACGAAAAGCACCUAUUUAAAGAAAAACGAAUUCCCUGAACUCUGAACUACACGUUGUAGAUUUGGUGUCUUCUUCGUUCUCUGAAAAGUUAUGUAUUACUUUUUUCUGCCUGUAUUUGUGUGCAACACGUCCUCUAUCUGCUAUUACGGGAAAGCUACAUAAAACACUACGUUGUAACCUUUUAAGUAAUAAUAAAUAAAAAGAAAUAUAUUGCAGUAACAACAAGGGUAAAUAAGUAUGUAGUUCUUUUGAAAUAUGUGGUCAAGAACUAACCAUAGACUCUCAUCUAAUGUGGUUACAUGUUGUAUUUUUCAUCCUGAAUAAAAGUAAUUUUAACACAA